AUGUUCCUGAAUGCAGGUCAGAAAGUGACAAACCUUGAUGAGCUGGAAUUGAAUGUGUGUCGGAAAGGCAUGUUGGUCAAGACUAAUAAGAACGAGCAGGUCACUGCUGAUUUAGUCAUCUGUUGCACAGGAAAUAAGAUCAGCUCUGAAGCAUACAGGUCCAGUCUUACUGCAUGUAUGGGAGACAGUGGUGCUCUGAAGGUGAACAAGCACCUGCAAGUAGAAGGCUUUGACAGCGUGUAUGCUGUGGGUGACUGUGCCGAUCUCGAUGAACCCAAGAUGGCGUAUCACGCUGGGCUUCAUGCUGCGGUUGCUGCCACCAAUAUCAUAAACAGUCUGACAGGAAAAUCUUUAACCUCAUAUCGCACAGGAAAUGUGACUAUGUUGAUUGCUAUGGGCAAGGAUGCUGGAGUAGGCCAGUUUAAUGGCUAUAAACUACCUCGCUUUUUGGUCACCAAGGGAAAGAGCCAAAGCUUGCUGCUGUGGAAGAGCUGGAGGGAAAUGGGGCAAAAAGCUCCUAAUUAACACAAGGUUAACAAACAAUGUUUACAUGAUGCUCAUAAUGUCUGGACUGUAACACAGUUCCAUUUUACUUGACUUCAUUUAACACUUUUUUAACAAAAUGUUUUUAUAUUUAUUGUUGUAAUAUUAAAUAAACCAGACCAGCAGAAAGAUGCUUUAUAUUGUACAA